AUGUGUCAUGUCAUUGUAACAUGUCGGUCAAUGCUAUGGACUCUCCUGAGUAUUGUGGUGGCUUUUGCAGAGCUCAUCGCUUUCAUGAGUGCAGACUGGCUGAUUGGCAAAGCAAAGCCUUUGAGCUCUGAGGACAUGGACAACAGAACAGGGGGGUUGCAGGAGCCUUACCAUCUGACACUGGGCAUCUACGGGCACUGCACCAGAAUCUCCCACAUGCAGCUUUCUAGACGAGACACACUUUGUGGUCCUUACGCCGAAAACUUCAAUGAGAUUGCCAGUGGGUUCUGGCAGGCAACCACUAUUUUCCUAGCCUUGGGAAUCAUGAUUCUCUGCGCCAUGGCAUUUGUGUCUGUCUUUACUAUGUGUGUGCAGAGUAUUAUGAAGAAAAGCAUUUUUAAUGUCUGUGGGCUGCUACAAGGGAUUGCAG